CCUAGUUUGGUAAUUGGUUUGACUUUUGGUUUGUGUUUGUGUAGGUUAUGUUGUUAGGCAUGACAUGUAUUGGUUAAUUUUUGUUUUUAUUUUGUCGUUGGUUUUAUAAAGACGUUCGUUUAGUUAGAUAUAUAGUUGAAUAACCAAUAUCCAAUAUCAAGGAAGGAAAAUAGCACAAUGUCAGAAAGAGAAAAAAUUGAAGAUUUAAAAAUUGAAAUAGCAGCUUUAAAGCUAGCUCUUGCAAGAAAAGAAAGAGAGCUGAAAUUUUUGCAAGAUAAAAAGGAUUCAAAACAAGAUGGUCAGCAUGGCUCUAAUCUUUCAAAAAGUGAUAUAAUACGAUAUUCUCGACAAAUGAUAAUUCCUCAGAUUGGAGUAGCGGGUCAAAAGAAGCUGCAGCAAACUUCAGUUCUAAUCAUUGGCAUGGGAGGUCUGGGAUGUCCUGCAGCCCUCUACUUGGCAGGGGCUGGUAUUGGGCGCUUUGGUCUUGUUGAUUAUGACGUUGUUGAGGAAAAUAACUUGCAUCGUCAACUACUUCACAAUGAAGACCAAUUGGGGAAACCUAAAGUUACUUCUGCUGCAAUUGCCUUAAAACGAUUGAACGCAAAUCUAGAGGUGCAGCAUUACCAAAUACAGCUGAGCAGUAGUAACGCGCUGGAACUGGUGAAGCAGUACGAUGUGGUGGUGGAUGCAUCUGACAAUGUCGCCACUCGCUAUCUGGUGAAUGAUGCCUGCGUGCUGACAGGCCGCCCUCUGGUGUCUGGUAGUGCUUUACAGCUGGAGGGUCAACUCACUGUCUACAACCAUGCAGACGGUCCAUGUUACCGCUGCCUCUACCCCCAGCCUCCUGCCCCUCAGACCGUCACCAACUGCAGUGACGCUGGAGUCUUGGGUGCAGUGACAGGUGUUAUUGGAACAUUGCAAGCCUUGGAGGUUGUGAAAAUAACACUAGGGAUGAGUGACGUACUCAGUUCAAAACUGCUUUUGUUUGAUGGAGAAAACACCUCAUUUCGGACCAUCAAGCUAAGAAAGAAAAGUGAAAACUGCCUCAUAUGUGGAACUAACCCAAGCAUAACUGAACUAGUUGACUAUGAAGAAUUUUGUGGAGCAGCUGCCAAUGAUAAAGACUCACACUUAUCUUUGCUGAAAGACGAUGAAAGAAUGUCUCCAGAACAGUUACAUACUCUCAUGGAAGGGAAAGAACCAUAUACGAUCAUUGAUGUCCGACAAGAAACAGAGUUCCAGAUGUGCUCGAUUCCUGGCUCAAUAAAUAUUCCUCUCCAGUCUUUGGUCAAGAAUAUUGAUUAUCUUCAGAGGAUUUGUGCAGAGAGGAGGCAUUCAAAUGAAUCAGCUACAUUAGUGUGUAUGGUGUGCCGGCGAGGGAACGACUCUCAGCUGGCUGUUAAGAGACUGCAACCUCUGCUCUUCAACUCUGCUAUCGAACUGAGGGACCUGAAAGGAGGUUUGCACAGUUGGGCAUCCAAAGUUGACCCUCAGUUCCCUGCCUAUUGAAGGUGUUCCAGAUCAUCCACUCUCUCCAUCAGACAUGUUAAUUGUCUGCAUAUUCAACAUUCCACAGAUAUUUAUAUCUACUUCAAGGCUGUCAUGUGGUAAUGUUGGCACAUUAAAUAUGUCUUAGACAAUCCACUAUACAAAAAAUGUAUAUCAGACUGUGCUGUAUGAUGUUGAUCAUCUGCCAUUAAACAUGUCACAGAUAUUGUACCAGUGCAAACCAAAUGUAAUAUACCAGAGUUUAUACAAGUAUAAACCAUACAAUAGCUAAAUAAACACUAUUUAAUAUCCCAAAACUCCUACAAUCCAUCUAGGAUGUAGAAAAUGUACAACGCAGAGUAAGUAUGUGAUGUGAAGUGAAAUAACAAAUCACAAAUUAUAUGGUUAAUGGGCUAAACAGCAUAACCAUAAUUUUAUCUGCAUCGUAAAAUAGAAAACUGUGAUAAACAUGGAGUUUAAAUAAUUCAAAAAAGGUCUAAAAACUCAUAGAGAAUGGAAAUUUAGGACACAAGGCGUUUGAAAGUAUGAGAGUAGCACACCUUACUAUCUCACAUUUUUAAUCAGCUAAGUAUGACUAUCUAAUA